CCUUUUAACCGCUCUGUUGUGAUGCAGUUUUGUUUCUUCACUGUCUUGUCUUUUUUUAUUCUCAUUUAUUCACUCUUUUAACACAGUCUGCUCUAGUUUUUUUUCUUGAAUGCUGCUACUUCAGGAACUGAACUUUUUCUUGUUUUAGCAGCACUUUACCUCUUGCACCUACUCACACUCUUUAACACACACUUUCUCUAGUUCAUUGUUUUAAGGGCUCUUAAAUGCACGCAGGACUUGACAGUAGAGAGCAACAGGGCAGGUGCAACUGUUAUGAUGAGCUGUCCAAUUCUGCAGGGAGCUCCCCCGCUGGGUCCACACAGACGACUGUUAACUCUUUGCUCUCCGUAGCGGGAAGUUUAGACGACCGACGACUCUCUUACAUCCUCCACUGACAGCAGCUCCAUCAUUAGCCAUAUCCUGAACUCAGCCCCUUAUAAGAACUGGAUCUGCCCAGUGCGGCCCAGACAGUUUACGUCAGACAAACAGCAGCGCCUGUAUCACAAGAGGCCCUCUCUUUCCUGCCAGCAGCAUCUCUAGAACAGGAAGGAGCAAGCGGGGGGGAUCAAUAGAUGUGAUCUGCUUCUUGGCCAGCACUAUCUUGUGGUGCCGCUGGAGCAUGGGGCUCAUGUUGUCGUAGUGGAGUGAGCUCAUGGCUUUAUAAAGACUACAAUGACAUCGCUGUGGAGCAGCUAAAUAUAAUCCUCUGCUGGAGACUGAAAAACUUAAUUGCCCAGGCCACAGAGCAGCACCCCCCCCUCCCCCCAGUGGUAACCCUGCACGAGCCCCUAGCCUACGGACUAUUGAUCCGGGGCCCUCGCUCUCCAUCGGCUGCUGAAUAGAAUGGCCGCUGAUGACCGGCACCUACCUUCUAGUUGUGGGUCCUACAUCAAGACGGAGCCGUCCAGUCCCUCCUCGGUCAUCGACACGGUCAGCCACCACAGUCCAAGCGGCAACUCAGACGCAAGCGGUGGCUAUGUUAGCACCAUGAACAGCCACUCCAACGGCCUGGACUCUCCACCUAUGUUCACCCCCAGCGGGCUUGGGGCCGGCACCUGCCGCAAGCGCUACGACGACUGCUCCAGCACCAUCAUGGAGGACUCGUCCAUAAAGUGCGAAUACAUGUUGAACUCCCUCCCCAAGAGGCUGUGCCUGGUCUGUGGAGAUAUAGCCUCGGGGUAUCACUAUGGGGUGGCCUCUUGUGAGGCCUGCAAAGCCUUUUUUAAAAGGACAAUACAAGGUAACAUAGAAUACAGCUGUCCCGCCACAAACGAGUGCGAGAUCACGAAACGGAGACGCAAAUCAUGUCAGGCUUGUCGCUUCAUGAAAUGCCUCAAAGUGGGGAUGCUCAAAGAAGGUAAGAAGAGAGUUCGUCUGGACCGUGUGCGAGGGGGCAGACAGAAGUACAAGCGGAGGUUGGAUGCAGAAAACAACCCGUACCUGGGCCUGACGCUCCCCCCUCCCACCAAAAAGCCUCUCACAAAGAUAGUGUCUCACCUGUUGGUGGCAGAGCCAGAGAAGAUCUAUGCCAUGCCUGAUCCCACCAUGCCAGAGAGUGACAUCAAGGCUCUGACCACGCUGUGCGACCUGGCUGACCGCGAGCUGGUGGUAAUCAUCGGCUGGGCCAAACACAUCCCAGGCUUCUCCUCUCUUUCUCUGGGAGACCAGAUGAGCUUACUGCAGAGCGCCUGGAUGGAGAUCCUCAUCCUCAGCAUCGUGUUCCGCUCGCUGCCGUACGAGGACGAACUGGUGUACGCUGAGGACUACAUCAUGGACGAGGAGCACUCGCGGCUGACGGGCCUGCUCGACCUCUACGUCUCCAUCCUGCAACUCGUCCGCAAGUGCAAGAAGCUCAAAGUGGAGAAGGAGGAGUUCGUCACCCUCAAGGCCAUCGCUCUCGCCAACUCAGACUCCAUGCACAUAGAGGACAUGGAGGCGGUCCAGAAGCUCCAGGACUCUCUGCACGAGGCCCUGCAGGACUACGAGAGCAGCCAGCACCAAGAGGACCCCCGGAGGGCGGGCAAGCUGCUCAUGACCCUGCCUCUGCUGCGGCAGACGGCCACCAAGGCCGUGCAGCACUUUUACAGUAUCAAGGUGCAGGGAAAGGUGCCCAUGCACAAACUCUUUCUUGAGAUGCUGGAGGCCAAGGUCUGAUGGGAUUGCAGCGGAUUGGCCAAGCCGAGCUGAGGGCAGCAUCAGCAAAACGGAAAGAGACUUGAACCAAGACUGAGGGUACUCAGGAGAAGGAGACCCCCCACGGACUGCUCUAGGCAGGACAGAGACUGACCUCUCUCACUCCUCCUCCUGGAGCCCUGGGACACUAAAUAAAAAAGAACAAAUGCAAAACUUGGUUAUUAGUAUAAAUAUAAAAAUGAUGCAGAUUAAUUUAAAAUAUAUAAGAAAUACUAUGUACAGUAAUAAUUUUUUUGGUUUUUGUUAAUUGUCAGUGGUCAUACUGUAUAUGAAAAGGACCCUUUUGCCCCUCAGCAUCUUCAGAACAAGUAGUUGCCAGAUCUUGAUAACAAGAUAGAGGAUUCUUUUUUUUUUCAUAAAACUAAAAGUUCCUUAAAUUUGUUCUGAAGAAAGCAGAGGUGUCAACAACACUUGUCUCACACAUGUGUUUUUUUUCUUUGCCUGGACUUGACCAGGACAUGUAUAUAUUUAUUAUUGGAAGACUGAGUGUACAGUUCAAAGUCUGGUGACCUCGGUGGCCAUUUUCUCUUGUUCCCCCUCUGGAAAAAAAAAGAAAACAAACUAAAAUUGUUACCUAAAUGUGAACUCUUAUCAGUUUAAAUGUACUUGGAUAUACCUCUCCAGAGCAGUAAGCUGUGUGAUCUUUGUGGAUCUGUCCUCAGAGUGGAAGACUUGCUGGUCCCAUUUUUAACCAAACUAGCAUAGGCAGGUACAAGUAGUCAGUCGUCUUAUUCUGUAGUAACUCAGCAAUAAAGGGAGCUGUAGGGAAGCCGGGCUAAACCUCCUAUCCGUCAUGUGCUUUUCAAUGCUGCUUUAGCUAAAAGACCAUGCCUGUGCAUCUCAGUCCCACCAGUCGGACAGACCACUGUUGCGCACUAGUGUUCCUCCUCUCUCUCAUGUGGCGGUUUGUGUCGGUGCUUGCUCAUGCAACCCAUUGAACCCCAAAUUUGGUCAUUGUUUUAAGCCGUGGAAAUUGCCUCUUGGCAUGCAAAUAGAUGACCCGAUUCGAGCUAGGUGAAAGAUGAUCAGUGGGUUCAGUGUGGCAGUAUCAAAGGAUUUAUGCCGGGUGGCAGAAGUCCAGGAGAUUCCAUGUUCAAACAAUCAGAGGCCCAUAUGUCAAACACUCUAUUUUGGGCCCCUUUAAGCCUGUGGCAGAGUCAUCCCACACACAGGGAGCAAGGUGCCCAGCAUCUGCUCUCGCCAUUUUAGACACCUCCCGUCUUUUAAUAGCCGCGCCUGCGUUUACAGAGCUUCAACCAAACGGAGGUAAAUGGCAGGUGCAGAGUGGGAGCAGUGGCACUUCACACUGGGUUUAUUUUUAACUCAGCGGGAGGUUGUUGUCUGCGCGGCAUCCCUCCAGGAGUACAUCAGACACGUGGAACACUUCUUGACCUCAUGUUGACACAGUGGCCAGUGAGGAGUAACACCCUUCCCACUGGCCAGGAGGCAGGCAUCUGCGAGGAGAGCUCAGGAUGCACAAGCAUGCACAUGUGAAUAGCUAUGCAAGAAACAAAGUGUCAGCAUGCUUCAAAGGGUAACAGCAACCCAACAGUGUGUCAGUACAAGGUGUGAUCUCUGGUGGGAGGAAGAGAUCUCGUGCUCCCUUCUCCCUGUGUUUAGCUACAUGUCGUUACACUGGAUGUGAGUGAUACUGUAGUCCAGUCCAGCAGAGAGAAUGUGUUGGAGGCAAAUGCUUAUACUACUGAAGGAUUUUAUGUGAUGCGAUAAAUUGUGGCGCUGUCACAACAAUAUGAUACUGUGAUCAAAGGAAUCCCUGACAUUGCAGUUGGGUAGAGUUGCCGCCAUGCUUGCGAUAUCAAUGGCUAGCACCGCUCCAGCAGCCGGCAGGCCCUUUUCUUACAGCAGCCUGAUUGGCCGCGUAAUGGAGGAUGCCUUCCCUCUCCAGCACCCAAUCAUCCCAACGUAAACUAGCCGCUGUCCAGUUAACAAGCUCCAUUGUAGAGGGUGACAAUAUAACUUGAGUUAUUUUACUGUUGUGCAAUACAACAGGGACCAAUUCUGACUGAAACCAUGCUAAAAGCAUGCUUUUACUUAGAUUUGGGAGAAUUUGUAUGCUGUUAAGUAACAUAUUCUAAAUCCCUCUAAUCAGAAACAUGUAUCCUGUAUAUCAGAAGAACUAUAUUUGAUUUGCUCCUCUGAUAAAAAAAACAAAAAACUUUUGUGCUUGUUUCAAUAAAAGUGCAGUAAUAAAUGAAAACUUUUGCAGAAAAUCUUUACAACUAGAAUUUUGUAGUGGCCCGAGAUGAUCAGCCAUAAGAAUCACAACAAUGGGAGUCCUCUCGUCUCCCUGUUUUUCUUUUUACCUUGCAAUAUGGCACUGUGUUAAGUAAAAGAGAACAUGUCUUACAUUACAAGCUGUGUCUAAGUGUGUAAAUAUAUUAGCGUCAAUACAGUAGGUUGCCGAAAUACCAUUGAAAAUAAAGUAUGCAGCGCCCUGCUGACUACUACCUCAUUA